AUGAAGUUCUCUGCAGCUGUCCUAGCCUUGCCGACUGUGGCCUUGGCUGCUCUGUACUCCAAGGAGGAAUACCGCGUUGGCAGCGUGCAUGAGCAGCUUAUGGGUAUCAAAAUGGCACACUGGGAUGCAGAAAUCGCUGAAGGGAAGAUGGAUCCCACCCGAUUCCGCUCCUUGAAAAAGAAAAGUCCCAAGUAUAAGAAUGAGMCUGUUCGCUGCAAGGAUGGACUUGCGACGGUAGAGGAGGGUAAUGUCACGGAGAGCUUCCGUUGUUCCAACAUGGAUCUCUACGACUUCCUCAAUCACGCCGACAUGGGUACGACAGAAGGCCAAGGCUCGUCAUCCUGGGGUUGGAAGCACGAGAAAAGUGGCCGCGAGUUCGGCAUCGUUGGUCAAUUCACCGGUGCGGCUUUCGUCGAAGUUCUUCGCAACGGCAAGAUGGAAUACCUUGGUCGUCUUCCAGCUCAGAGUGUUGGAUCCAGGUGGAGAGAGAUUCGCGUGCUGAACGACUAUGUCAUCAUUGGCUCUGAAGCUGUGGGCCACAAUGUCCAGAUCUUUGAUCUCAACAAGCUUCUGGAGCUUGACCCAAAAAGCCCAAAGACUUUCAACCCCUUGACUGAUCUUGUUGGCCUCUUCUCGGACACCAUUCCAAUUGGUCGCACCCACAACGUCGUCAUUGACUGGGACAACGAAUACGCCAUUGCCGUCGGAGCCCAACCUCGUAACUCCAGCUGCGCCAGUGGUCUGCAAUACAUCGAUCUCUCCGACCCUACCAACCCCACAACACCCGGCUGCGCCGCCCAGGACGGUUAUGUCCACGACGCCCAGUGCGUGACCUACAAAGGCCCAGACCGCCGCUUCAAAGGCCGCAACAUCUGCGUGGGCUACAACGAAGACACCAUCACGGUAUACGACUCCACCCGUAAAGAAGGGCACCCUGCCUCCGAAGUCCUCUCGCGUUUCUCCUAUCCCGGCGCGACAUAUUGCCAUCAAGGAUGGUGGACCGACGAGCGCCACGAAUUUGUAAUCCUCAACGACGAACUUGACGAGCAGCGCGCUCAAGGACCCGCAGCGUCUGGGCGUCCCGUCACACACAUCAUCGAUAUGCGUGAUUUGCGCAACCCCAAAGCGACGGGAACAUUCUUCGCCAUUGACCACAAAGGUAUCGACCACAACUUAUAUGUCGUGGACGGACUCGCCUAUCAAAGUAACUAUGGCGCCGGACUCUGGGUGCACGACAUUCGUUCCAUCCGGAAGAACCCCACAGGAAGCGAUGUUACCACGCACGCUUUCUUCGAUAUCCAUCCAGAGGAUGAUGCCGUUGGUGGAGAGAUUGUGUUCACUGGUACUUGGUCGCAUUUCUUGUUUCCUUCGGGAUAUAUUCUUGUCAACACGAUUGAGCGUGGUGCGUUUAUCACUAAGAUCUCGAAGGGGAGGGGUUCUACUCGCGGAACGGGUUUUCCAGUCAAGGGAGGCGUUGGGAGGAACACCAGGUAG